AUGCAACAGAACAAGACAUCAGACGUCAGCCAAAGCUCCGAAAUGUUCUCCGUCGCCGGACCCGUACCCAUCUUCAGCGACCGGACGUGGGAUUUCAGGCCCACGGUCCCAUCGCCUCUUUCUUCAUCGCCCAUUCGCGCGUCAUCACCCCUCUCGCCCAUCAAUGACAACACCGUACGCCACACACAAUCCUCGCCUAUUCCUCAACCAAAGUUCAAAUACGCAUCAAGAGCUACGAAACCGAACCCGAUAGUUCGGAAACGCGAAGAAGCGCAGGAGAGCAGGAGGAAGCUGUUCCUCCAAAACGUGAGGCAGCGCGCGGAUGAUCGUCAAUACCAGCGGCGGGACAUGGAGGGCACUCUUCUCAAGUCUGACUGGGAUCGCGACAUGCGGCAACGGCAUUAUGCCAAGCAAAUUGAAGGCAACGCGGUGUUUUCCGAAGCGGAUAUCGAAGACGCGGCAGCUGUUCUCCAAGAUCGCGCGCAACGAAUCCCUGAUGACACUGACGAUAUGAUGGUUGAUGCCAUCGCCCAGGAGGAGCAGGACGAGCUCGAUGCGUUAUUACUCUCCUACGACCAGUCAUCUGAUGUGCAGCCCGAGACUGGCUCCUCGCAAAUGAUGCAGUCAGAUCCAUACGGCCUGUCAGACGACGAGGAUUACGACUCGUUAUUCAUGAAUUUGGUAUCACAGGAAAGCAGUCAGCCAGACGCGUCCUCGCAAGAUAUGGACAUGUCAUGA